AUGGCCGAAUUUAAAACUCCAGUUAAAACACAGACAUCAUUAAAAACUGAUGAUAAAAUCGUUAUUCCACCUUCUCCAUUUCUAAAUAGACUCGGUUAUGGAACAGGUGUAUCAGUUAUGCAGCUAGUAAGAUCGCCCAAAGCCGGACAGAUUCGAUCACCAUGGGCUCUCAAGAUGUUAAAUAAGCGUGUAAAACCAAAUAAAGUAUACACGGAAAGACUGCAGGCCGAGGCUGACCUGCUGAAGCGUAUGUCGCAUCCCAAUAUCGUAGGAUUUAGAGCGUUCAGUAAAUCCAAAAUCUUAUACCUGGGAAUGGAAGCCUGUGAUCUAUCCCUCGGAGACAUGAUUGAAAAAAGAGUAGAAGAACAAGACUGUGAGCCAUUCGCCCCUUGGCAAAUAGUAAAGGUUGCACUUGACAUUGGUAGUGCUUUAGAUUAUCUCCACACUAAGAUGCAAAUCCUUCAUGGUGAUAUGAAAUCAUAUAAUAUUUUGGUCAAUGGUAACUUUGUUAUUUGUAAACUUUGUGAUUUUGGAGUCACUUUACCGCUCGAUGAGAAUGGAGUUUUUAACAAAGAAAAUGCAGGCAACGCUGUUUACUAUGGUACAGAAGCUUGGAGUGCUCCGGAGGUUAUCCACGGAGGAGUGAUCACUAACAGGACAGAUGUUUGGUCACUGGGUCUUACAUUCUGGGAGAUGUUGGCCCUCGCUCCUCCACACUCUAUAGACGAGACUCUUGAUGACAGUGUCGUGUCUGAUGACAGUAUGGAUUGCUUCAGUAGAUUCGGCACGGUCCCUCCUAUUCCCAUCAACAUAUGUGAACAGCGUUACUCCGCUCCACUAACAUUGUUCUACCACUGUACAUCUCUCACAGCCGGUGACCGACCCUCCGCCUGCACCCUGGCCGAGGUUGCUCGAGUUUGUUUAGAUAACAUGGAACGUGACUGA